CUUCUUUCUCUUCCCUACAUGCGCCUCAUCCUCCUACUAUAUAAACCACCCCAUUCUGCACCUCAUAACCCACAAGAGAAGUAGAAACAAACAAAUAACAAGUCUCUUCUAUUACUUGUAACAAAGUGCAGCUAAGGACACUUACAUGGCGACUUCCAUGAGUUGCCUGCUGGUGCUAUGCCUUGUCUGUCCCCUCCUUGCUGGUGUUGUACGUGCCAACCCAUGGUACGGCUUGUUCCCACAGUUUUACGACCACUCUUGCCCGAAGGCAAAGGAGAUUGUGCAAUCCAUCGUGGCGCAGGCUGUUGCCCAGGAGACCAGGAUGGCAGCAUCCUUGGUCAGGCUGCAUUUCCAUGACUGCUUUGUCAAGGGGUGCGACGCAUCCGUGCUACUGGACAACAGCAGCAGCAUAGUCAGCGAGAAGGGGUCCAACCCCAAUCUGAACUCCCUCCGGGGGUUCGAGGUUGUCGACCAGAUCAAGGUCGCCCUUGAGACAGCCUGUCCCGGUACUGUCUCCUGCGCCGAUAUCCUCGCCCUUGCCGCCCGUGACUCUACUGUCCUCGUUGGUGGCCCUUACUGGGACGUGCCACUCGGCCGCAGAGACUCUCUGGGCGCGAGCAUCCAGGGAUCAAACAAUGACAUCCCUGCCCCCAACAACACCCUACCCACUAUCAUCACCAAGUUCAAUCGCCUCGGUCUCAAUGUCGUCGAUGUCGUCGCCCUCUCAGGUGGCCACACCAUCGGCUUGUCCCGCUGCACCAGCUUCCGGCAGAGGCUGUACAACCAGUCGGGCAACGGCCUGGCCGACAGCACACUGGAUGUGUCCUACGCUGCGCAACUAAGGCAGGGGUGCCCCCGCUCCGGCAGCGACAACAAUCUCUUCCCACUCGACGUCGUCAGCUCGACCAAGUUUGACAACUUCUACUUCAAGAACAUCCUUGCCGGUAGGGGUCUCCUCAGCUCUGACGAGGUCCUGCUUACCAAGAGCGCGGAAACUGCAGCACUCGUGAAGGCGUACGCGAAUGAUGUGCAUCUCUUCUUCCAGCACUUUGCACAGUCGAUGGUGAACAUGGGCAACAUCAUGCCACUGACCGGGUCACAGGGGGAGAUCAGGAAGGACUGCAGGAGGCUCAACAACGAUCACUGAGUUACUGAAGCUCCUGUAAGUGCUGAAUUGUGUGUGAAGUUGGCGCCAUAUUUUGUUUGAAUAAGCAAGUGUGGUUGUAAUUUUCGAAAUCGCUUGAUCAUUUGUGUUAUGUAAUUGCAUUAUGAAAUGUGUGUAAUAAUAAUUCAAUAUAUAAGAUGAGUUCACUUGUUUGCUUUA